GAGGGCCGAAGAAGAAGCAGCGGAAGACUUCCAGGUCGUGGGUAAAAGUAAGGCUAACGCAUUGUCGACCGAUUGGCGGACUUGUUCGAAAAAAUCGCUCAACGGCAAUCUAAUUUUCACCGACAAUACUCGAAAGUACCGAAAAGGCGCCUUUUUCCCCUUCCGCUUACAGGAGCGCGGCGGCGCUUUUCUGCUGGAGAAACCGUGAAGCGAAGCCACAAAGGAAUCGGGGGCAACGCGGCGAGGAGCCGCUCGGUUCGGAGUUAGCUAAGCUUGUUCGUUUGGUUUCAUUUAUCGCCAUAAACGGCAUCAUGAGUUACGGUAGGCCUCCGCCCGACGUUGAAGGUAUGACUUCCCUCAAAGUGGACAACCUGACCUACAGGACGUCGCCCGAGACCCUGAGACGCGUCUUCGAGAAGUACGGCCGGGUGGGAGACGUGUACAUCCCCAGGGACCGCUACACCAAGGAGAGCCGGGGAUUCGCCUUUGUGCGGUUCCUUGACAAACGGGAUGCCGAAGACGCCAUGGACGCCAUGGACGGAGCCCUGUUGGAUGGACGCGAGUUGCGGGUCCAGAUGGCACAAUACGGGCGCCCCCCUGAUUCCCAGCACGGCGGUGGGCGGCAUGGAGGACCACCCCGAAGGUACAAGGGUUAUGGUCGCCGAAGCAGCAGAAGCCCAAGACGUCGGAGACGCAGCCGAUCCCGCAGCAGGAGCCGCUCCAAUUCCCGCAGUCGCUCCCGCUACAGCAGGUCAAGGUCCCGGUCCUACUCCAAGUCCAAGUCCCGCUCCCCGAAGAGGAACAAGACCAAGUCCCAAUCUCGGUCUCGUUCCAGGUCCAAAUCUAGGUCCAGAAGCCGUACACCUCCGUCUGACAGAAGUUUGAGGUCCAGAUCCAAAAGUCAACCCAAGGAGUCAGCGGGAAAUGGAAGCAAAUCCCCUUAGAGCAUCAAUAACAGGGUUGGUUUAAGGAAACAGAUGAUGACAUCAGAACUUCAAGUCCAAGGCUAUGGAUUCCAACCAAGCAAUGAUUCUUGGUGGAAAAGGUUGCUAUUGUGUUCAAGAUGUCUUGGUCCCUUUUUGUUUUGAUUUUUUUUUUUAAAGUUUAUUAAUGUGCUUGGGUAAUUGUUUCCUAAAUGUGUUUAAAAAAUGUUCCCUUAGUUUUUAGUGCAAAAGGGAGUGUACAACCAUAUCCUGUUGACUGACCUGUUUUUCUUAGACGAUUUAAGUUUCCAAAUUUUAUCAGGUCAGUAAAAGGCAAUCAUGAAUUUUAAGGUAUAACACAUUUUCUCAUGUCAUUUUUUUGCAACUUUAAAAACAUGGCACUCAUUUAGUGGCCAUUUGAUUUUUUUUUUGGUUCUUUUUCAAUUUAUGAUUCUAAUCUUCCUUCUUGUAUUUUUUUGUGCACUAGGCGCAGUUGUGUAGCAGUUGAGUAUUGCCGGUUAGCUGUUAAGGUGGCGUGUUGCUCUGCUGAGUUCUUGGAUGUUUCCAGUAGUCUUCAGAAUGUUCCUGUGACUACCACUUAUAAGGCUGCCACAAUUACACCCCUUUAGGAGGUAUUUUGUUUUUCAUAAUUUGGAUGUCAAAUAUGGCAUUUGUUGCAAAUUAUUAACAGUAAAGAAGCAUUCUAUCAUGACCAGAUUGCACUUCUUUCUCAUCCUUCGGAAAUGUAUUUUUACCAGUGAUUUCCAUUAAAGAAAGCGUUCUGUUCAA